AAAGUUACGCAAACAUUGAUCCAGACUGCGGAUAUCACGUAAGAUUACCAAGUCAUAUGAUUUGAGCUUAGGUUCAUACGUAUAGGUAUACAGGAUAUACAAAUACAUCAGAUCACGUGCCGCAUGACACAUGGGCCCAUAUCUCUCAUCUUGCAUGAAAGGUGGCCGCUUGAUUAUUGCAGCGAAACGAGCAAUCUUACGCCAGACGUAGAGGCAGCAGCAUCGCAUGACAUACUGCACGCCCAGGCAGAGACUGCACAUGUGUGUACUCGCUAUAGCUGCUAUUAAAAGGAAAAAAAUAUACAUGUACAUGUAACGAUGAAGCACAUGACUUUGCUUUGAUAGUAAAGACUCGUGACUGUGGCCAGAUAAGGGACACAGAACAAAUAAUACGAUUCGCGGUUGUACGUUCAACGCUCUUAAAACUAUCAAACGCCUAGCGGUGGAUCAUUGGUCAAGAUGCCAAAGCACAGAAGCUACGAGACCUUUCCAAGUACCUCGGGGUGCACCGAAUCGAUCUUUAGGAAACAUUCAGUGGUGCUAAACGCUGAGAAAACGGCACUGGUCGAUCAGAAUUUCAAUGCAACGAUAAUACCAAUGAAAAAUGGCAUUGAGAAAAGCCAAGCUAUACCGAAGCUCAGGAAAGGUAGCCCGAUAAGACAAAUUCUAGCCGCUCUCGUAGCACAAUUAGGAACGAUCAACACCGGAAUGGUAUUUGGAUUUUCUGCCAUCGCGAUUUCGCAAAUGAAAGAAGCAGAUACAACCCUUAAAAUUGACUUGUCCGAGGAAUCGUGGAUUGCGAGUAUGUCAGCAAUCGGCACGCCCAUCGGUUGCCUCCUAUCCGGUUACCUGAUGGACAUGCUGGGUCGAAAGCUGUCUCUGAUAGUCACCGAGAUCCCAGCUUUAUUAGGCUGGGUGUUGAUAUUCUACGCGUCGGACGUGCGGCUGAUUUACGCCGGUCGAUUUUUCACCGGUCUCGGCUCAGGGAUGGUCGGUGCUCCGGCAAGAGUCUACACCAGUGAAGUGACUCAACCCCAUUUGCGCGGCAUGCUCACGGCCAUAUCGAGCAUAGGAGUGAGCACUGGAGUUCUAGUGGAGUACGCUCUCGGCGCCGUUCUCCAUUGGCAUAUUUGCGCUGGCAUCAGUGCGAUCGUACCUGCAGCGGCGUUGAUAUUGAUGUUUCUGUUCCCCGAGUCGCCCUCGUAUCUCAUUUCGGUCAACAAACCCGAGGAAGCGAAGGAGUCGUUGCAGAAGUUCCGUAGCACCUCGUACGACUUGAACGAGGAAAUGAACACGCUGAUCAAUUUCUCAAAUAAAAAUAAUAUCAAGAGGCUAACUGGUUUUCGAGAAAUCAUCUCGGCCUUAUUGAAACCAAGUGCACUGAAACCGUUCUUAUUGCUGUUUCUCUAUUUUCUCAUUUAUCAAUGGACAGGAACCAAUGCCGUCACUUUUUACGCGGUGGACAUCGUCAAAGAUUCUGGAAUAAAGUUAAACAAAUACUUGGUGACAGUCGUUUUGGGCGCCGUCAGAUUAGCUUCGACAGUUGCAGCUUGCAUUGCUUGUCGAAAAUAUGGAAGGCGACCAAUGACUCUGAUUUCGUCUCUCGGCUGUGGACUAUUCAUGGUCGGACUUGGUGCUUACAUAUGGGCCAAAGACUUUUUAUUCGAACAAGUUGGUACUUGGGUACAAUGGAUUCCUGUCAUUUGCAUUAUGGGAUACACCGUCCACUGUACUUUGGGGUUUUUAGUGAUUCCUUGGGUGAUGAUUGGAGAAAUUUAUCCCGUUCAAGUUCGCGGUAUCGUCGGAGGAUUGACGACUAUGUGUGCUCACAGCUUCAUAUUUUCAGUCGUUAAAACUUAUCCAAUGCUCGCUGAGGCUAUUACGCAACAAGGAACUUUUAUUCUUUAUGGCUGGAUUUCAUUACUCGGGACGAUAUAUUUCUAUUUAUGCUUACCAGAAACCAAAAACAAAACGCUUCAAGAGAUAGAGGAUUACUUUUCUGGAAGAAACGACAGUUUGGAGACUGGUAUAUCGAGUCUUAAGUCAAGGUUUACGUCAGCGAGAAAGGGUCAGGCGCUACCUACGUGAUUACAAAUACGGAAAACUCUCGAAAUAUUAAUAUGAUAUUUUUUCGAUUAUGUUCAAAUAAAUGUUUGUCGGAGAAAUGUGUAUAUAUACAUUUGGCAAAGCUAUAAGUUUUGUAGGAAAAUCUUGUAUAGUUUUAGCUGCAAACUAACGUGAAAGUUGUAUUUUUACUUUUAUUAGCUUGUAAGUUUAUCGUAACUAGCAAUGUUUUUUAGACCGUAAUAUUAUUCAUAUGCUUUUGGCGGUGUCAUUGAAACUAAUUAUUUUUAGGCCAGUCAUAUUAUUUUACGCUGAUAACUUCGUCUAGAUCAUUAUAUAUUUUUAUAAGUUAAGUUACGCUAAAAUGCAUAAACCAAAUUAUUUAUUUUUACGAUAACAUUCAUCAAUAACAUGUAAUCAAUUGAUGUAUCAAACGUCUUUUUUAGUUGAACUAUCAUUCGCCUGCAUGCAUAAACACAUGUAAACAAUAUUUCACGAAAUAAACCGUUAAUCAUUUAAAUGUAAAAAAUAUUGAAUAAAUGUAAAUAGUAAAUAUUAAGUCGUAACAAAGCACGCGCUACUUAUUUUUCUAUCAUCUGAUAUGCGAAGUAAAAUAUUUGAUAUUUUUCAAUUAUACAAUAGUGGUUUUAUUAUUUUCGAGUCUCCGUUGUCCUUCCCAAUUAUUACUAUUCAAUUUGUUCAAAUCAUAUAUAUUUGAUUAAUCAUACAUACAGUAAUGAAGAAAUUAAACAAUUCUGCAAAACAACGCAUUUUUUAUAUCAGAAAUUGUACUUUUUUUUCUAUUAAUAUUAUUAUAAAAAUUCAUUACUUUUUAAAAAUA